GAAGCUGUUUUGGUCAUAUUCUUUGGCAUAGAGUAUGGGGUGAGGCUAUGGGCGGCCGGUUGUCGGUCAAAGUACAUGGGAUGCUGGGGUCGACUUAGAUUUGCCCGAAAACCCAUCUCAGUAAUCGACCUUAUAGUAGUGGUGGCCUCAAUAGUGGUGAUUGCCGUCGGCUCCAAUGGCCAGGUGUUUGCCACGUCUGCCAUUAGAGGCAUACGAUUUUUGCAAAUACUCCGUAUGCUUCACGUGGACAGACAGGGAGGCACUUGGAGACUGUUGGGCUCAGUUGUGUUUGUGCACAGACAGGAAUUGAUAACAACGCUAUACAUAGGCUUUUUAGGGCUAAUAUUUUCGUCAUAUUUCAUGUAUUUGGCCGAAAAGGAUGAGAUCCCGAUUCAGGCGGACGGCCGGCCCGGCAAAGCCAAGUCCGACUUCCAGAGCUAUGCCGACGCCUUGUGGUGGGGAGUCGUAAGU